GAGAUGGCGGCGGGACGCUCCGGGUGCUGAGCGGCGCCCGGGAGCCGGCACUUCCUGGGGGUGCUUGCUGGUCCCCAGGCCCAUCCUGGCCAGGUGUCCGCCGGGCCCAAGGUGCUGCCUCGUGGCCCGCGGCCUCUGCUGCCCGCACGGACGGAGGCCCCGCCAUGGCCCAGCAGAGAGCCCUGCCGCAGAGCAAGGAGACGCUGCUGCAGUCCUACAACAAGCGGCUCAAGGACGACAUCAAGUCCAUGAUGGACAACUUCACCGAGAUCAUCAAGACCGCCAAGAUUGAGGAUGAGACCCAGGUGUCCAGGGCCACCCAAGGCGAGCAGGACAAUUACGAGAUGCACGUGCGAGCCUCCAACAUCGUCCGAGCCGGUGAGUCCCUGAUGAAGCUGGUGUCCGACCUCAAGCAGUUCCUGAUCCUGAACGACUUCCCGUCGGUGAACGAGGCCAUCGACCAGCGCAACCAGCAGCUCCGGGCGCUGCAGGAGGAGUGCGACCGCAAGCUCACCGCCCUGCGGGACGAGGUCUCCAUCGACCUCUACGAGCUGGAGGAGGAGUACUACUCGUCCAGGUACCAAUAGGGCUGGACCCGGACCGGACCGCAGCCCCGGCAGCCCCCAAGGUCCUGCUUUUCCAAACCCUGCUGGUCCCGCAGCAGAGCCCGGGCCGGUUUCAGAGCGCACCUCCCGGUCAGAGCGUUCGACCAACAGACGCUUCCCACCGUCCCCCGGGCCCUGGGGUGAAACGCACAGAACUUCAGGCUUGGGAGGCCAGAGCCAGUGGUCCUGCCCGGGUGCCGCUGCCUCUCUUUGGACCUGUCUGCUCCCUUUACUUCCUGUCCGAGGCUGGGCUGGUUCCUCGUGGCCGCCCAGGCUAUGCCCAGGUGCCACUGCUUGCCCACGGAGGCGAUUCCGUGUGGGCAUCACCAGGCGCCCACGGAGGUGCGGGUGCAGGGGUCCCGGGAAGGAGGAAGGGACCAAGUAGAGGGGGGCUCAGCCUUGUCUCCAGAGCCCCUCCCUGCCAGGCCCAGGCUGUACGCAGGGAUACAGUGGUGGGCGCGACCCAUCACCCAGCCCUCGUGGGGCCACUGAGAAUCCUGAAACCUGAGGCCUUUGAGAAAUCCGAGUCCAAGUGCAACUUCUGCGGGGGAACCGAGGCUGGGGGGCCUUACUCCUCCGCCCGUUAGCCGGUCCCGCAGACACGGAGUCCGGGCCCCUGGUGCUCUGGCAGACAGAGCUGUCCCCCCGGGGCAGGUUCUAUACGCCCCUUGCUGCCCCGUGGGAGCCAGGCAGGGGCCACGGAUGCCCAGAGCCAGCGUGCUCUGUGGUCUGGGGCGUGGUUCCCUGCCUUGGGUUCAGUGUCACUCGCGUGGUCCUGCCCAGCGUGGCCUCUAGGGAAGGGACGUUAUGUCACUGCCCAGCUGGAGUGGUUCUAGACUUUUCCACAGUGUCUGGGGCCGCCCCUGGUCCCUGAGACCCAUCGGCUCAGCAGACUUGUGGCAGUUGCCUCCUAACACACCGGCCUUCAGAGAAAGUCCUGAGUGGGUCCCCCGUGGGGGGAGCUCAGAUCCCGCUGGGACAAGGCCCACAGCCACACUGGUUUUGCAGAGUCCCUUCACGGACCCAGCAUCCCUAAGGGCCAGGCCUCUGGCCAGAGCAGCUCCAGGGCAGCGCUUCAGCCCUGCCCCUUGAGGGUGAGGGCCCAGAGGAGCGGACCUGCCCCAGGUCACUGGGCAGGGCCUGAGCACCAGGCUUCCCACACCUGCCCGCCAGCCUGUGGUUCACCCCAGGGGUUCCGGGCCUGCCUGCUGGUCCCGCCAGCAUCCCUGGGGCCUCGGGAGGCCGAGUUCCUCCCUCAUCUGUGAUGCCCGGGGCGGGCUGGUACCCUCCCUGCUUACCCCCUGGCAUGCGCCCCACCUGAACCCCCAGUGCGCAGCCCCCUCCACCCUCCGCAGCCCCGCUUGCCCACCUCCACGCUUGCUCAGCCGCUUUCCACUCAUGGUUUGCUGUCUGUCUAUCUCUCCCUCUGCUGUCCUUGGGACACUGCUGUGACCAGGAUGGUUUCUGAGACUGAGCGCUGAGGGUGGGAGCGAGGCAGCAGCCACAGGCAGGGAGGGAGCAGCCAUAGGCAGGGAGGGAGCAGCCACAGGCAGGGAGGGAGCAGCCACAGGCAGGGAGGCAGCAGCCAC